UAUACAAGUACGUGAUCUUGAUGUAGUACCAUUAGACGCUCCGAUCUGCAGCUUUCUCCGUUGAUAAUGAUAUCUUCUCCAUACAGACCUGAAUUUGAUUCUGAUACGAUGAGGAUGAGAUAAAAUAUUUAAUAGGGACUCCGAGCUAUCUGUCCGUUGCGAUUCAUAUGGAACUUGCGAAGUUGCUGUGGAGCAAUCUACGCUCUUUUAUAGUACAGCGACAAGCGGUAAAAAUCAAUCUGCUGUUCCCUACGCAGAACCAGCUUGAGUCUCUGCAUGAAGCUUGUCAGCCUGCAGCAUAUAGUCACGAUGACGGAGAAGGUUCUGAGAAACUCAGGGCCGGCAGGUUAGACGCCACCGCAUUUGCCACUCAAUUUAACUUGGAAAACACUGGAUUGGUUGAUGCUGUGGGCCAGUCGUUACUGGAGGGCAUGGCCGUUGGGCGGGACAUUAGAUCCAAAUUAUAUGAAUUGAAUAUCUAUGGUGCGAGCAAUUAUGUCGGACCACACAAGAGUGCUACGAACAGCGACAAGAUAUUCGGUUUCCUUGAUAUUGUAUUCCCGACUCCGCAUACCGGAGGGAUAUGCAGUCUACGCAACAACGAAAAUGAGCACCGUGUCGACUUUGCAAUGCUGUCAGAAGCACAGAUCCCUCUCGUUGGUUAUGCAGCGUACUUCAAUGAGGUCGAACGUGAGAUUGACCCAAUCACAUCCGGUCACCGCCUGACGUUGAGUUACAAACUCUACGUUGCGUCUGGCGGGGACAGUCCAUCAGCUACUAUGAUCUGGGCACCCGGCCCUUUUGAACCAUCCUUGGAAACUGCCCUGGCCGAAUUCGUGAAUGAUCCCAAGGUGUUGCCUAACGGUGGUUAUCUCGGGUUCGGACUUCGCCAUCAGUACCCGGUAUCGUCAGAGAUGAGAGUGGACACUCUUAGGUCAUGCUUGAAGGGUUCGGAUGCGAUUAUCACGCGCGUCCUGAAUAAGCUUCAUCUGCCAUGGUCUCUUCGCGUCCUAUAUCGAGACAGUGUGUCUCAUUCGGAACAGACGUUCGUGCUUCAUAAGUUCAUAUCGGACCUAUCCCAGAAAGACCUCGUGUGGAGUCACUGGGGUGCUGGUGAAAAAAUGGGUCUAGGAGCUGAAUUCGUUCGGUUUGUUGAUCAAUUUGGGAAUGACGACGAGAAGCGGGCUGGCGAUUACUCCAAAUAUUCGGAAGAUAUUGUUGACAUCAUCCAAAUGACAGAGAUGCCUUCCGUCACAAACGUGCGUUCUCAAUACCUUGCGUACGGGAACGAGGCAACGAUGGGAAACCUGUAUGGCGAUAUUUGCCUAGUUGCGGAGGUCCCUGCAAAGGUCCUGUAUUAGUACGAGCUUCGGAUAUGAAAUUUAGGCGCGCUCAGAAAGCAGCUUUCUCGUCACUGUCAAAUUGGGACUUUCGAUCAAUCACUGACUCACAAAAUGACUCUGAAGCUUAAAGUGCGUGGGCCCCUUUGGGACCUUACGUUGACGAAGGUUUGAUCAAGGAAUGAGUC